AUGUCCCACCGCCAACACUGUCCAACUUACCCGUUUCCUCUCUUUCCUCCCUUCCCCCAACCGCAUCGCUUUUUCCGCGCACAUGCGUCUCUCCUCGCACAUCGGUCGUUUGGUUAUCCGCGCGCGCUGCAGCAGAAGUACGGCAUCAUCCCCGACACCUUCCGCUCCAUCGCGCAGGUGCGCGGGCGUCGAUUGGACAGACAGACAGACAGUUUUUGCUCGUCAUCCACACGUGACACGUUGGCAUGUCCCUGCCACGUCACCUCCUCGCUUUUCCUCUCUCCCUUCCCCACCAUCCUUCUCGCAGUUUCAGUGUGCUCUGUCUACGGGCAGGAGAAGCUGCGGGAGGUGGGGUUGGAGUCGCAGUGUGCUCUAUCUCUCCCUCCUCCACGCCGCGUUUCUCCCCCUCUCGCCCUCCGCCCGUCUGUGCAUCUCCCCCGUGUGCAGGUGCAGGAGAAGCUACGGGAGGUGCAGGAGAAGCUGCGGGAGGUGGGCUUGGAGUCGAGCAACCUCAUAGUGGCCGUUGACUUCACCAAGAGCAACGAGUGGACGGGCAAGCAGAGCUUCAAUGGGCGCUCACUGCACGCAAUAGCACCAGGUGCAUCAAACCCGUACGAGCAGGCCAUUGACAUCAUUGGCCAGACGCUCUCCGCCUUCGAUGAGGACAACCUCAUCCCCUGCUACGGCUUCGGGGAUGGUAUGUUCUGCCCUUUGUCUCUCCCUUCUCCACCUUCUCACCUUCUCUCCCUUCUCCACCUUCUCACCUUCUCUCCCUUCUCCACCUUCUCACCUUCUCUCCCUUCUCCACCUCCGCUCUCUGCCUUCCAUGAGGACAACCUCAUCCCCUGCUACGGCUUCAGCGAUGGUACGCUGCCCCCUCGGUUUCUCUGUCCCUCUCCCUGUCUCGCUCCCUGUCUCGCUCCCUGUCUCGCUCCCUGUCUCGCUCCCUGUCUCGCUCCCUGUCUCGCUCCCUGUCUCGCUCCCUGUCUCGCUCUCUGUCCCUCUCUCUGUCCCUCUCUCUGUCCCUCUCUCUGUCUCGCUCUCUGUUCACCUCUGCUCCCUCACCUCUCCGCCUGCGAUGAGCACAACCUCAUUCCCUGCUACGGCUUCGGCGAUGCCGCCUCUCAUGCAGGGGUAGGUACCGUACCCACGUGGCCCCUUCUCUUACACGGCGAAGCGAGCAGGGAUGCCAUUGCCACGGACGGCUGCAUGAGAGGGGUGCGGCAUGGGGUGCAUUUAAAGCCUGAACCCUCCACGCAGCCGCGCCGCCUCUCAUGCAGCGUCUCAACGCAUGACAAGGCAGUGUUUGCGUUCAACGAGGGGCAGCGGCCGUGCAACGGCUUUGAGGAGGCGCUGCAGCGGUACCGUGCCAUCGCCCCCCUCGUGCAGCUCUCAGGUGCCAUCGCCCCCCUCGUGCAGCUCUCAGGUGCCAUCGCCCCCCUCGUGCAGCUCUCAGGAUUCCUCUCCCGCCCCACUUUCCCUUUCAACCCUUUCUCUCCUCCUCUCCCCAUCCUCUCCCCAUCCUCUCCCCAUCCUCUCCCCAUCCUCUCCCCAUCCUCUCCCCAUCCUCUCCCCCAUCCUUACGCCGUGUGCGUCCGCGCAGGUCCCACGUCGUUCGCCCCGGCGAUAGAGGCGGCGGUGACGGCGGUGGAGGAGAGCGGCGGCCAGUACCCCGGCCAACCCUGUCCCACGUCGUUUGCGCCGGCGAUAGAGGCGGCGGUGAGGGCGGUGGAGGAGAGUGGCGGCCAGUACCACGUGCUGCUCAUCAUUGCUGAUGGCCAGGUCACUCGCAGCGUUGACACGCCACCAGGAGUGUUCAGCAGGCAGGAGCAGGCCACUGUUGACGCCAUUGUUGCUGCCAGGUGGGUCUCUGUUGCUGCCAGGUGGGUCUCUGUUGCUGCCAGGUGGGUCUCUGUUGCUGCCAGGUGGGUCUCUGUUGCUGCCAGGUGGGUCUCUGUUGCUGUCAGCAACUACGCGCUGUCAAUAGUGAUGGUGGGGGUGGGGGACGGCCCGUGGGACACGAUGGAGGAGUUUGACGAUGCUCUGCCGCAGCGCAACUUCGAUAACUUCCAGGAGUUUGACGAUGCUCUGCCGCAGCGCAACUUGGAUAACUUCCAGUUUGUCAACUUCACGAGGGUCAUGGCAUCAUCGCGUGCACCAGAGCAGCGGGCGGCACUCUUUGCCCUCUCUGCGCUCAUGGAGGUGCCUCAUCAGUACCGCGCCUGCACCGAGCUGGGGCUGCUGGGUCGCCCCAUGGGUCGCAUGCCACCAUCAGCCCCCAAGGAGCCCCCUCCACGCGUGCGAGCAGCAGAUGCUGCAGCAGCCCAAGCUGCAUCCCUCGCUGCUGCCAACAUGCCCCCGCACCUCAACCCGAAUAAUCUCAACCCAUCUGACUUCAACCCCGGCACCACUCCUAACCCCUUCGGAAACUUCAUGGACGCCCCUGCUGCUUAUGGCUAUGGGGCUGGCAGCUCUGCCACACCCACAGGCGCUGCUGCUGCUGCUGACUCUGUGUCGGGCUCUGGUGGUGCGUCAGCAGCGGGAGGGGGGACGGAGUGCCCGGUGUGCCUCAUGUACCCCAAGAACACUGCCUUCCAGUGCGGCCACCAGACCUGUGAGGAGUGUGGCAAGCAGAUGAACAAUUGCCCCAUAUGCCGUGCACCCAUCACCAUGCGCAUCAAGCUGUACAGUUAA